CCCGCGGAGCGCCGGCCCCUGCGCCCCGCUCGCGGAGGCCGCGCUGCGCGCCGGGCGGCGGCGAGGCCGGAAGAUGGCCUGGGUGCUCAAGAUGGACGAGGUGAUCGAGUCCGGGCUGGUGCACGACUUCGACGCCAGCCUCUCGGGCAUCGGGCAGGAGCUGGGCGCCGGCGCCUACAGCAUGAGUGAUGUCUUGGCAUUGCCUAUUUUCAAGCAGGAAGAUUCCAGCCUUCCAUUGGAUGGUGAAACAAAACACCCACCCUUUCAGUAUGUGAUGUGUGCUGCAACCUCACCAGCAGUAAAACUGCAUGAUGAAACACUCACUUACUUGAACCAAGGUCAGUCUUAUGAAAUUCGUAUGCUGGAUAAUCGGAAAAUGGGAGAUAUGCCUGAGAUCACUGGAAAACUGGUAAAGAGCAUCAUAAGAGUUGUAUUUCAUGACAGACGGCUGCAGUAUACAGAACAUCAGCAACUUGAAGGUUGGAAGUGGAAUCGUCCUGGAGACAGACUUCUUGAUUUAGAUAUUCCAAUGUCUGUGGGAGUAAUUGACACAAGGACAAAUCCAAGCCAGUUAAAUGCGGUUGAAUUUCUGUGGGACCCUGCAAAACGCACAUCUGCUUUCAUUCAGGUGCACUGCAUCAGCACAGAAUUUACUCCACGGAAGCAUGGAGGUGAGAAGGGAGUGCCUUUUAGGAUCCAGGUUGAUACCUUUAAGCAGAAUGAAAAUGGAGAAUAUACAGAUCAUCUACACUCAGCUAGCUGCCAAAUCAAAGUUUUUAAGCCUAAAGGUGCAGACAGGAAACAAAAAACUGACCGAGAAAAAAUGGAGAAGAGAACUGCUCAUGAAAAAGAAAAGUAUCAGCCAUCCUAUGACACCACAAUCCUUACGGAGAUGAGGCUUGAGCCUAUAAUUGAAGAUGCAGUUGAACAUGAGCAGAAAAAGUCCAGCAAGCGGACUUUGCCAGCAGACUACGGUGAUUCUCUGGCAAAGCGAGGCAGUUGUUCUCCAUGGCCUGAUGCCCCUACCACCUAUGUGAAUAACAGUCCUUCCACAGCACCCACUUUCACCUCCUCUCAGCAGAGCACUUGCAGUAUCCCGGACAGCAAUUCUUCUUCCCCAAAUCAUCAGGGAGAUGGAGUUUCAUUGUCCUCUAGUGAACAACUUCAGCCUUCAGCCACGAUCCAGGAAACACAACAAUGGCUGCUCAAAAACAGAUUCUCUUCCUACACAAGACUGUUUUCCAAUUUUUCAGGUGCCGACUUAUUAAAACUGACAAAGGAGGAUUUAGUACAAAUUUGUGGUGCAGCCGAUGGAAUUCGGCUCUAUAAUUCAUUGAAGUCAAGGUCGGUUAGGCCCCGUUUAACCAUCUAUGUCUGCCAGGAGCAGCCAAGCAACGCACUGCUGCAAGGGCAGCGGCAGGCCCCGGGCAGUGGAGGCGAGAAUGGCAGUGGGACUCCCUUCGUUUAUCAUGCAAUCUACUUGGAAGAGAUGGUUGCCUCAGAAGUCGCUCGAAAACUUGCAUUGGUGUUUAAUAUUCCUUUCCACCAAAUAAAUCAGGUUUACAGACAGGGUCCUACUGGUAUUCACAUUCUUGUUAGCGAUCAGAUGGUUCAGAACUUUCAAGAUGAGAGUUGCUUUUUAUUCUCCACUGUAAAAGUUGAAAAUGGUGAUGGUAUCCACAUAAUUUUGAAGUGAUGUCUUACGUAGCUUGAACUAUACUCAGUACCAAAUAAAGUCACGCUUAAAAGUGUGUGAAGACUGAAUCCAAGAAGUCUUGGGAUUGGAUUUUUACUGUAUGAAAUGUUUCAUAUUGAAAACACAAGAUGACCUUUCUAAUGAGCUGUAUGAGAGGCGAAUCUCCUCACUGUCACUGUCACUGCCACAGCCCAGCAUCCUCUAGUGAGCGUGAGCACAUUGGCCAGCGAGCGUGCAGCUCUGGGGCCGUGGUGCAGGCAGGGCUGCCUGCUUCCCUGGCAGAGGCCAGUAGAUACCGUUCCUAGAAGCAGCCUUUGCUGUCUCAUUACACUGUAUGCGGUUUGGAAAUGAAUGUAAAAAUGUACUUGGGCAUUUACCUUUUCGUGCCAGUCUGGCUUUUACUGCCUGAACCUCAUGCUGACCUGGACAGUGCUCUUGUGGAGCCAGCCGUGCUGUUGGGAGUGUGUCCACGGGGAGAAGCUGCGUCUGACCUGGCGGUCGCUGGUCAGGUAAGAGGCUCGGUACCUUCUCAGAAGAAAUCAUGUCUAAGGGUGUGUGUCCCAUGUGGUCAUGCCAGAUCGGGGAAGAUCCAAGCCAGGAAGGUGGGCUUGAAGCAAACUGCAUUAUCAAGAGUACCUUGCUGAGAGGAUCAGUGUAAAUCCUAAUAGGUACAAAGACUUUUGUGUUUGUUUUCUGCUUUGUCACAGAUUUAUUGAAAAACUUUGUGUCUGCUUCCAUUUUAGCAUUUUGUUUCUGAUUUUCAUUUUUGAAGCCCCAUUGCCUUUUAAACUAGUGGCUUUCUUUUUUUUUCCCCUCUGUCUCUGACCACCCUUCCUAUCCCACUCCAUCCUAGUCUGAAGCAUUUUAAAAGUCCUAUCCCAGGCACUGGAAAGAGAUGGCCUAAAGCAGGGGCAGGGGGAGCGUGACCGUUUUCUGACUUGGUGUUAAGGGAUCAUCGUUAUCAUGAAACACUAAGAAUCAUAAAUCAGACACUAAAUUGUACCACAGAAAUUCCUUACAUUUCUCAAAUAUUGAGUUACAAUCAUGACUAAAUAUUCUGGUGAUUACUUAGGGGCUUUUUCCUACACCACAUGAUCGCUUCUUUUUUUAAUGAAGAGUGCCUCCUCCACAAAACCAAAUGCUGUUUGCCAAUAUACUUUUCAAAGGGAAUCUGCUUUUAGCUUUUCCUGUUCUCCCUUUUCAAAAUUCAUCAGCAUGCAUUAUUGAAGCCUGUGGUAUAGCAGAUGCAACUUUUAACUUCAAGGCCAUUUAAUUAUAGCAUCUCUGUCCACUUACCCAGGUGUCUUGGUUUUUGACUGUUUAUUUCAUCCUUAUCCUUUGUUCAGGCAGAAGGAGGAUUUGAGUUUGAAAUUUCUCCCCAAAGACAAACUGCUUCCAUUGGGUAAAAGCUUUGCCAUUUUAUGUUUUAUUCAUGAGAGGUUAUUUCCAUCUUCAGUUUGAAAAUACCUAACUCCUCUGUAGCUCCUGCAAGGGAGGAGAGCUUUCCUUUCUGUCACUUUCCCUGUGUACGACCACGUUUCCUAUACCAGUCACUUGGGCAAGAAGUGAGCAAUUGUUUAUAGAGUUUCGCUUGUCUCUUUAGCAUUCCUUUUUGGGUCUCAAGAUUUCUGGAACAAUAAAUGUCAUUUAAUGCUGUGUGCUAUUUUGAAUUCCUCAUCAGGUUUUAAAAGUGGGGUAAAAAUAAUUAAAAACUCAAGUGACAUUCAACAUUUGUCCCAGUAAACAGGUUAAAUUAUGGCACCAGCAGAUUUGCUACUUUGUUUUUUUAACAGUAGGGUGUAUACAUUUCAGUAUAAUAAAUGUUUUCUGUAUGUUUUGCAAGAGUGUGUCUCAUUUAAAAUUCCAGUUCCUACCAGUGUCACCUCAAGUCGUAGUCAAAGGGGGUGUUCUAAGGACACAACAGGCCAGAGGUCAGUGUGUGGUUUUUCAAUUUGUUUUCUCAAAGCUGACAAGUUAUACCAGUAACUGUUCAAACCUGAUUUUCUAGUCAGAGCUUCUCCUGAUGUGUAAAUGUCGUCACUGACCAUCGAGUCCAGUAGCCGGUAUAGGCUCAAAAAGACGUUUAAAUAACUGCUGUCGUAUACCAACACCGUUAGAUCAGGAAAUGCUGGGGUAUAUCCGUAAGGAAAUACAACAAUCAGGACUUUAAUGCUUAUAUAUUUACCUGCCUUCUUUUCCUAGAAUGCUGCUGAGGCAUUGUAUUCCAAAUCCUUCUGAAACUGUCCAACCAAAUGAAGAAGUGCUAGUCACAGGAAAACAUCUCGGUUUUGCUGUCCUACUUUAGUUUCUCUGAGCUCUGAAACCCGAGUCUGGUUGCUAGGAAGGAUCCACUACCAUUAACAUAGAAGUUCACACUGAAAGAGAUGAUGGGUUCUUAAUCUUUAAUCAAGAUCACAAUGGUGAACAGAUAGAACACAAAAUCAUAACAUUUAGGAGAGUCUAAAUUUGGAAAAUGCUUUUGCUCAGAGUUGUGUGCCGUAAGAAUAUAGCAAUAAAAUCCUCUGACAUUGCAAUGGCUUAUUCAUUUUUAUGAGUGCCAACACUUUACUGAGUUUUAAGUGUAAAGAUUUUCAAUAGUUUGGGUGUAACUUGAUUUCUAAGAUUUAAAAAUAAACUUGGGGAAAAAAAUCACACCCA